AAAAAAGAAAUUGUUCCUAAUUGGUAACGUUAACAAUAGUAAAUCUUUGGCAACUAUUCCGGUUAACCCCCCACACGUUAUUUAUGAAUGAUUGAUAAAUACAUUCUGAUAGGCAGGAAGCUUAUUUAAAUUUGCCAUUAAAAAAUGCAUAUUUUUUUUCUGGCAUACCGCAAGACUUCACACCUUGGUCCAAUUCUAUUUAUAAUAUUUAUAAAUGACCUUGAAGUUUUAAUUUACGUAAAUGAUGUAAGACUGUUCAAAACGAUUAAGUCAGUUGAUGAUGGAUUUAAAAUGUACAAACAGAUUUAAAUCAGAUAUACGCAUGGUCUUUACAAAACAAGUCAAACAUUUGACUUUAGUAGAACCUUUAUUAUAUCGAACAAAGAAGUUCAAGGUGGUCAGUAUUCAGACCACUACCGAUGGUAUUCACCAUGCCGUUCGAGGUACUUUACUGUAUUAUAUCCAAUAUCAUUUAGUGCUGUUGUGUCUGUACGACCGUUUGAGUAUUAUUUCGACGAUGAUAUGAUUGGGAGUUUCACGCGUACUAUACGUUUUAAAUUUAUUCGAUUGGCUACGAUAGUAAGAUAACGUUAAAGUAGGCAAAGGCAACACGAGCGAAGUGUGUUGUGUUGCAUAAAAAAAUUCGGCUAAUCGGCCGCAAAUCCUUGAUCCUUUAAUUAUUUCAGUUAGAAUGAAAACGAGAUCGAUGAUACUGGAUACGACUGUCAAAAAAUGCUCUAUGUCAAAAUAAAAUAUUUAUUGUUUUAGUGAUAUGAAUGACCGGAAACGUCAAAACAAAAUAAACUUUUCAAAAUAGUAUGAAAGAAUUAACGUUAAUAUAUAAAUAAGUUAAAUAUUAAUGGCUGGUGCGUUAGACUCUGUUCAAAACGAUGGCAAUUGGCAGGAAUUCUGUGAGAGACAUGCCAAGGCAGCGGCUCACGACUUUUCAAAAAGUUGUGCUCACUUUAUAUCGAUGAACUUGCCCGAAAAUGCUCGUGCCACUGUUUCGCAUAAAGACUUCCUCAAAAAAUUCGUAGAAUGUUUUAACGAACAAUUCGAAGUUAAUUUUAACAAACGCAAAUUACAAAAUAGCAAAGUUGCAAACGGUAAUACUCGACCCCCGGAUGAAGGAUUUACUUCCGAAACCGAAGAUGGUUCUCCAAAAUUCCACCACAAACCGUUCUUCAGGAGGUUAAGUUUCAAAAUGCUGAAGAAGGGCAGAGAUUUGUUUCAUAAGCAACACUCAGAUGAAGUUGAAUUGGCAGGCUCUCAUAGUAAAACAAAAUUGGCAAAGAUCGUGGUCGAAUGUCGCAAAGAAGGGAUUGUUAAUUAUUCCACCCCUGAGAGCUUGGACACCCCUGGUGGGCCUCCCAAAUGGGAAAGAUGUAGACUGGCAUUAGUCAAAGCUGUUGGUGGUUAUAUGCUGGAGUUUUAUUCGCCCCCAAAAAGCACCAAGCCCCGAAGUGGCGUAUUUUGUGCGCUAAUAACCGAAGCCAGGGAAACUACAGCUUUGGAAAUGCCAGAUCAUGAGAACACCUUUGUUUUAAAAGCAGUGAAUAACAUGGAAUUUGUUAUAGAAGCCCAUGACACUGACGAUAUGAGGUCGUGGCUUGCGACCAUUCGAUAUUGCAUGCGUUCACCAGGGGGCUCUGACAACGGGGGCCAUUUUGAUCACAACUCGAAGAACGACUACCACAGCGACGCUCCCGAACUACCCCCUAGACAUAUUUCAGGGCGUCCCGGCGAUAGACUGUCAAAUAACAGUAACUUUGAACUAUCGCCUUCACAAAGCGAAAUCGACGCAGGGGUGGAACACGAUAUAGGCCAAACUUUAAAGAAGGAAUUUUGGUUUCACGGGACACUAGGACGGUCGGAAGCGGCGCAACUCGUUCUACACGAAGGUGCCACGGGUCAUGGGUUAUUUCUAGUAAGACAGAGCGAAACACGAACGGGCGAAUUUGUACUCACAUUUAAUUUCCAAGGCCGAGCCAAGCAUUUGCGUAUGACAAUAAACGAGCAAGGACAAUGUCGAGUUCAACACUUUUGGUUUCAGUCGAUAUAUGAAAUGCUUGAGCAUUUUCGACAACAGCCCAUUCCUUUAGAGAGCGGCGGCAAUUCGGAUGUUACAUUGACCGAUUACGUUGUAAAUCCCAACGCUAGGAGCCAAUUGUCCGGAUCGCUGACCAGGUCUGGGCAGACAGGGGCCAACAAUCCCAACCCGUCCGGAAAUAAUAACGACAGACGUGUCUUACCCAUUCCCGAAGUGAGACAAGUUCAAACGCAUAACGGCAGCGUUAGAACACAAGAAACGACAUGGGAACAAAUAUCUUCAGAAGCUCCAAGCAGAGCUGUGGAAAACCAGUACAGUUUUGUAUAAAGCGAAAUCAUCCGAUCCGAAUAAUAAAUACGUACAUAUGAGCCAACAGGCAAUCGAUCUAAUUCGAUCCUGUCAUUGACGUAACUAUUGUUUUUAUUAUAACAAAGUACCUACAUGUUUGUAAGGAACAUUUGUGUAUUAAGAACUUCCUCUAAUCUCUGUGUAUGUGUUUAUAUGUAUAUGUGUACGUAUAGGUGUACUGUAGACACGAUAAAAUUGACAAUUAAUAUUUUUAUCGUAAUUAAUGUGAAUAAGGAAUUUGAAUUUUUGUUUCGAAAACGCCAUUUAAGCUCACCGCUAAUAAAUAACCCUUACAAUCUCCGAUCGGGACAAUAUAAUAAGUAUGUACUUCGUUCGUUAGUUUUGCCUUUUCCUACCGUAAUUUUCCAAUCUUGCUCUAACCGUUUAUUCCGCUGUUUUGCAUUAUAUGCAUCGUAUUGAGCACCGCAGUGAAAAACUGAUGAUGGUGGUAAUUCUCUUUCUUAAAGACUCGAGCUAUUAAUUAUUACCUAAUAGAAAUUCGAAUUAAAGAGACCAUUUAUAACGUAUGUACGUAUCUCGAGGAACAAAAAAUUUUCAAGUUAAUCAAGUUCGACCGUAUAAUAAGUCGAAUAUUAUCUAACACCUUCUUAUUAUACCCGUACAGGUACCGAUGGAUUCUGUUUUUAUUUAUUAUCGAAUUUUGUACACAAAAAUGACAUUCGUUGGAAUUCACAUCGUCUGUCUUCGACAUUUAUCAAUAAUGAUUCGCGUAAACAUUAUUGAUUGCAGAAGUUGAACAUCAUUUUUAUCAGUCCAUAUUUAAUGUAAACAUUUUCUGCGCAGAUUAAACAGUUAGAAAAAUAUUUGUUUAACAUAUUUAUCUAAAUAUUUAAAAAGGAGCUACUGAUUGUUAAAAAUUUCCAUUAAACAUUCUUGAUAAUUUUCUUUAUUUUACUCUUUCUGAUUCAGUUAUCUUUCGCCUCUACAAAUCAGCGCACUGUUUUGACCAAAAGUCGUACACACUUUUCUUGCAUAAUGCUUAUUAGAUAAUAACUGUUUGACUGGCUUAUUAAAAAUAAUCAGUAUUGUUGUGCACAAUUUUCCUUGUAUGCAUUGGUACGUAUAAUGAAAAUGAUUUCCGAAAGUAAUCCAACAUGUACGGAAACUACUCCACUGCUCCCAGAAACGAAGGACCAAAACCGAAAAUCGCAGGAUGAAGGGUAA